AAAAUGGGCACGAGCUCAUACAGCGCGAGCGGCUGCGGUGAGACCUGUCUUCCGGUUCCUGCUCGAGACGUUCGGCAAAAAGUCUUUUUCUUUGGUUCAAAGCUUCCGAAACAUCCCUGGACCCAUCCACAGAAAAGAGAAAUCAGUGGCUCCAUUUAUCACCUAAUCUGAAAUUCGCUGCUAUACACGCUUCUACAAACAUGUCCAUAUUGUGAAACCAGGUCUUGAUGUUCCGGCUGGAUUUCAUCACACCACCGCGGGGGAAAGAUUAAAGCCUCUCUAGCUACUAAGUCCCACUCCAUCUUCCCCGCUGUCAGGAUCCUGGUGUGAUAAGCGGUUGGAAUCUCUUGCACUUGCCCUGUAUUCUCAGUGUGGUGAGAUCGAAAGGGGGAAAGUGGGAUGGGCCAGCAGAUGGAAACGCACGUCUGGUUGACCGUGGGCAGGAGAAACCUUCUCUGUGACUCUCGCAAUUGACCGAAGUUCUUCAGGACUAUUUUGGCUCCUCAUUCAAAUAUCUCGGCUCAAGGAACAAGGCUGCCCGGGCGGUCCGUUGUCCAUGCCAGCGAAGGUUUCCACAGGGAAUUUGCGGUGUCGGGGUGCAAGCGGAAAGAUCAUCGGAGACGGAAAGAGGAGAAGGGAAGACAGGAAGUGAUAGAGGAAGAGGAUUUAAUGUGGGGCACAGGAAGCAUCAACCGAACGGGGGCCAUCCCUACAUUUCUGCGGACCCCUACAAUGAUCCAGCCUCAUCUGGAUAUGAAGCCCUUUCUACAGUUUCCAAUGGAGACCGCUCCCCCACACAGCGUUGGCCUUUUCCACAACUUCAACGCGAUGGAUCCUGUUCAGAAGGCAGUGAUCAACCACACCUUUGGAGUACCACUGAUCAAGACCAAACGACCAGUCAUUUCCUGUAAUGUCUGCCAGAUCAGAUUUAACUCAGAGAGUCAGGCAGAGGCCCACUAUAAGGGAAACCGGCAUGCUAGGAGAGUCAAAGGCAUCGAGACCUCCAAGAGCCGCCCACAAGAGAGUGACAAACCACCUUCUGGUCCCGUCUCUUCUCCCUCACCUACAGGGUCCCAGCCGGCCGUCUCCUCUGACAUUGACCCCAGCAAAACAGACGACACACGGUCAGCGCCACAGUUAGACGGACUCGCUGCUGCCCCAGGGGCCGUGACCGUUUCUGCUCCCCCAUCCCCGGAUUCUCCUGGUCCUGUUGCCUGUCCGCUUCUACCCACACCUGCUACACCCCAACCACCCCCAGCCAGUUCCUCGUCCCCUGGUUGUGUCUCCUCUAACCCGGAGCAAACAUUGACUGGGGCCCCUGGAGUGCCGUCAGUCACUCCCAGCAAUCCUGAGACUGAAGAGGACAAAGCCAAGAAGCUGCUUUACUGCUCACUGUGCAAAGUGGCCGUCAAUUCGCUCUCCCAGUUGGAGGCCCACAAUAAAGGCACUAAACACAAAACCAUUCUGGAAGCCCGCAGCGGACUGGGCCCCAUAAAGGCAUACCCGCGUUUGGGUCCGAAGCCCAUCGGCGAGCAGGGAGGCGGGGCCACAGACCCCAACACUCAGGAACGCACCUUCCACUGUGAGAUCUGCAAUGUGCGGGUCAACUCUGAACUGCAGCUUAAACAGCACAUAUCAAGUCGAAGGCAUCGAGAUGGAGUGGCCGGAAAGCCCAAUCCUCUCUUAAGCCGACACAAGAAGCACAGGGGAGCUGACCUUGCGGAUCUCACCAAAGCGUUAGGCGCCGGCCUCCUGCCUAGUCCUCUAGCUGUUGCCGCCGCAAUGGCCGCCGCCGCUUCCUCCAACCAGCUUGCUCUCCGCGCCGCAGGUUCCACCCACCAUCCACAUCAUCACCUCCUGCAAGGUCCACCCCUGAGCCAUGCCAUCUUGAGACCAGCUCCCGGGCCCAUACGCACUUCACACGGGCAGAUCCUCUUCUCUCCUUACUGACUCCACCCCUGACCCCCUUAGCCAAUCACAGCCAGCCCGGAGCCUCACCUCCAAAAGCACACUGUGAAGAAUUCAAGAAAAAAUAGUGCAACACCACAGCAAUGACAAGAAUCAACUCAUCAACAAUAAAACCAAUCAUCAAGAUGAGCAGAAGGGUGAUGGGUGCGAAAAGACCCCGUUCCUACCCAAUUUCCAUCACCUCCAACUGCCUCUGUUUUUCCGGUGUGAUUUAUUCAGUGGUGGACAAUAAAUAUACAAACGCAGGGAUUGUUGGAAUAGAGCAAUAUAUCGAAAUAAGCUUGACAUCUUCGUUCAUUAUCUUCUAUUCUGUCCUCUAUUUAUACACAUAACUGUGAGGUAGCAGCAGUCACAUUGUAGCCAGACAUGCUGGAAAUGGGUUAGGUAACUUUAUAGAGACCCCAGAACACACACGCACCCAAAGACUACAGUUAAAACUGUUUCUUUGUGUCAGUCUGAAUCAAUGCACCCCUUGACCUUAUGCACCUUGAAAAAAUCUGUAUGGUAGUUGCUUCUAGUAGUCUUUGAUGUAUUCAGCUCACGCCCUGUCUGGCUUUGGUUAAGAGAUGAACACACGACCAUUUCUGAUUCACCUCAACAAGUUCCUGGUUCAAGAAGAGCAGGGGAUUGUGGGUAACCAUGGGGAGAAGAGUGUAAGAAUGCCCAACUCUUUCCUAAAGCUGGUAAUGUGGCCAAAUAUAGACAUACCUCAGUUGCUAAAAAGGUUUCUUCUAAAAAGCUCGAUCAGUCACAUAUCCUUAAGGAAAUAAAGAAAUUUCAUCUACAUCAGACUACAUCAUUUGACUAAAAUGCCCUCUUAGACCUUAGAAAACCAGUAGAUGUCUAUUUAUUCUAUUGUGUAGUGUAGUGUAGUUCAGAACAUCCAAGCUGGUUGACACAGCAAAUAUCCAAAAUGACAUACGCACAUAGAGGAUGAUGUGAUACGGAUGCUGAAUAAAGAUGAACGAGUACUUUGAUUCUCAGAGAAAGGCAACAAACCUAAGCACACCCUUGGACUUGUACUGUAUAAUGAAGGCUCCUCGGUUCACUCUGUCUCUGUGGUUCUAUGGAGAAUGGACAUUAUGCAUAGCACCCAGUGAAAAGUCUGACAAGCUUCAAAAAAGCAAUACGGCCCCCGUCUCAUUCCCCGCUCAUCUUCUGUGUUCAGUCUCACGAGGCGGCAAGGACUGACGCCACAGGUCAGCCUCUUCUGAAGCUCCACAAAAAUGAGUUUAAUGUGGACGGAGUGAGAAGAUCAAAUCAAAAGUGGGAUGACACAGAAGUGGAAGCGAGGAUGCGAGGUCACGGCGGACGCGACUGUGCAAUUUUCCUUUUUUGGUAUGAACACUGUCGUGAAUCUAAAGCCAUGCAAUGCAUAUGAUUUCUGUUCUUUUGUUAUGAUGGAUUACUACUAUUGUUUUAUUGUUCGGUCGGUUCAUUUUCAUAGCGCACUGUUACAUUGAACAAAUACGCUUGUGGAAAUUCUAAAAACGGAAAAACGGAAAAAAAAACAGGAAUAUUUUUCUAUGGAAGAUUGAAAACCUGCACUCGGGUGGGAUCAGUAUGUGGUAGGGUGUGACCUACCCCGUUGUAGAUAAUGUAUUUAGAACUCCAAAAAAUGGUAAAUGAGCAAGGGCCUUGUGUGUUGGACACAAUCUCACAUCAAGUACUGUUGGAUUUACACAGUGCCCUUCCAUUAACAAGUGCAACAAUGUCUUACUGUUGUUUCGUUGUUUGGAUAUUGCAAUGCAAUAAGCAAUUGUUAUCUUAGAUGAGCGUAUACCUACUGUACCGGGUCUCAUGGUCACGUACGCCUGCAAACAGGCCUUCAUGUUCUUCCACUGAGAUGUUAGCCUUUUUAAAACAAUAAAGAGUGGGACUAUAAAGCAAGAAAAGGGCCACCCGCAGGGACGGACCCUUCAUAUUAAAGGGUCUCAUCGAUCUCUGAAUGGGGGACAGGGUAUAAAUCUGAACGCAAUCAAUGUGUUGUCAGCCAUAGCCUUUGCGUUGUGAGUUAGUUUGACUUUUUGUUUGCAUUGUGUGGGAAACAGAUUUCGUACGUCAUGCCAUUACUCCUUGCUAACUGUGGUUAGCAUCCACCAUUGUGCUUUGAUGGACGUUGACCUCUGUUAGGAGAUGUAUUUUGGUUUUCAUUAGUUAUCGAGGCACCAAAGGUGCUGUAGUUCAUGUCAGUGUGUAUCGUGUAGUGUUGUGUGCGUACAGACAGAAUCCGGACGGGGAAAAUAAAUGUUCUAUAGCCAUAGGGGCUCAUUGCUGUAAACCAAAUCUGCAUUAAUCUGCAAACCUCAGAUCAGCCGAUUUUAAACUUGACUGCAUAUUUAGUCAUUUAGCAGACGCUUUUUGGGGGAUAAAAGCAUCUGCUAAAUGUAGAUGUAUUGAAACAAUCAGAGGGCAAUAUCUUCAGCUGAUAUGAGAUGUGCAGCUUGGGUGGAUUGCUUAAAAAAAAGGGAUAGUGGGCUCAAAAUGUUUUAAAACUGUCCUUUAGCGUGAGUAAAUAUGACAGAUAUUCAAUUUUUGAGUGCACUGUCACUUUAAGGCUAGGCGCACUUGACACCAGUUUGACUAUAGACGGGUUCAAAGUAACAACCUAAACAAACGUUACUGCGCAUGCGUGCGUUCUUGGGCUGCAGUACAUUUUCACAAACUAAAGAGUGCCUGUAGAUUAAAUUUGAUAACAAGCAAAAGAAAGCGAGAAAAAACGUUACUUGGCUAAACUUGUCUCUCCAAUAAUUUGAAUUGAGAAUGCUAUUCCAAGCUCAACCGCUAGAUGUCAAUGCACCAUAGGGUUUCUUUAAAUGCGACCAAACUACAGGACCCAACAAAAUAAAAUUAAAUAAAAUGAACAUACAACAAAAUUCAACAAAUCGUUUAUUUAAUACAAUUAUUAUACAAUAAAACAAAUUAAGAUUAUCAUAAUGAAAUAUAAAUAGUUAUUAUAUAAGAUAUAAUAGUUAUAGAAAUAUUAUUAGACACUAACCGAACACAGACCGGAAGUUACCUGCAAUCCCGGCGUGUGCGCCCCAUGAAACGGUCUAUAGCGCCCCCCAUAGACUGUGUACGCUGGCGUCUCCUACAGGUGAAAAGACCCCAUCGCAGCUCACAGAGGCUCGAUGCCGACUCGCUUAGUCCCAUUCGUCAACACUGUAAAGACCAUGUUCAUCCUGUAGUCACCCCUGAAGAUAAGUGUCAUCGUUGUACAGAAUUGUCUUGAGCUCUUGUAAUAGAUUCGUUCAACCUUUCAGGGCAGGUGUUAUGUUAGUGGUGAAGUCUAGCCGUAGCCUUAUUUCACCCCAGCCUCUCCAGAAGCCGCUAGACGGAGAAGCUUUGGUCCAACCUCGUUUUGCCAAUAAAGUUAUUUUUUAAUUGUGAGAUGGGAAAACGGUACAUGUGAUGGGACGUAGCAAUAUUUAGCUCGUACUGGCUACUCUUGUUUAUUGCAAUAAGGAAAUCAACCAAUAGAUGCAUAUGUGAGAUAAAUAUUAUAGAUGUAAAUUAAAUAAAAGGCAGAACAUCAUGGAAAUACUUGGUAUCAGAGAUACUUGGAUUUGCCACGAGGGGGGAAUACAGAUCAAUGUCAAUAAAGAAUAUUAAAAUCCA